CGCCUCCAUAGUGUGACAUGUUUUUGAUCAUCAUUGAAGAUUUGUAGCGAUUUCUUCCAUGCGAAUGACGACACAUCAUAUCGUAUUGUGCAGUAUAGUUGAAAAUGGAGUGCCGGGUUAUAUCAACUAGGUGCUUUCUUAAAAGUGUGAUUGUCUGGAGAAGAAACCCAAAACUAUGGUUGCUUUCCAAGCGUUGUUACUCUGGUCAACGGCAGAAACAGCAUGGGAAACCCAAGGUAGCAGAUGUACCAAUAGAGACAAACAAAACGAGAAACAUUGGCAUAAUGGCACAUAUAGAUGCUGGCAAGACUACAACGACGGAAAGAAUGUUGUACUACUCUGGUUUCAGUAGACAUCUUGGAGACGUAGAUUCAGGUGACACCGUCAUGGAUUAUAUGGCACAAGAAAGAAACCGUGGUAUUACCAUAACAUCUGCUGCUAUUACAUUUCAUUGGAAUAAUAAUAGAAUUAAUUUAGUUGAUACUCCAGGUCAUGUUGAUUUCACUGUAGAGGUGGAGCGUUCAUUGAGGGUAUUAGAUGGUGCUGUAGCUGUAUUUGAUGCAUCUAAGGGAGUCCAGGCCCAGAGUCUGACAGUCUGGAGGCAAGCUGACCAUUACAGAAUACCACGGAUAGCUUAUUUAAAUAAAAUGGAUAAGUUUGGUGCUGAUUUUGAGUAUUCUGUCAACUCCAUUGAAGAGAAGUUAAAAGUCGUGCCUCUAUUACUACAGAUCCCACUUGGUCAACAUAACACAUUUUCCGGAGUUGUUGAUCUGAUCACUAUGGAAACCCUCACAUGGAGCUCGAAAGAUCACAGCGAUGAUGGAUCAAAGUUUGAAAGAAGAGCAUUGGACAAGAGUCUGGACAAAGAUCUCUAUGACAAUGCUUUAAAUAUGAGAGAGAAUCUUAUUGAACAGCUAGGUGAUUUGGACGACAAGAUGGCAGAGUUGGUGUUGAAUGCUGUUGACGAAGAUGUUAGCAAUAUUUCUACUGAAGAGAUUUACAGCGCUGUCAGGAGAGCCACUCUGAAUCUAAAAGCUGUGCCGUUAUUAUGUGGCAGUGCAUUGAAGAAUAAAGCCGUACAACCACUUAUGGACGCCAUUAAUCUGUAUUUACCAUCACCAAACGAGUGUACGCAUGAAUUUGUGCAAUACUACGGUAAAGAACUGUGUGCGCUGGCCUUUAAGACAAUCACAGAUAGGCAUCGAGGAGCGUUGACUUUUUUAAGAAUCUACUCUGGUAGUAUCAAAUCAGGAGCUAAGUUAUAUAAUGCAAAUAGAGAUGUCAUGGAGCCUGUUACCAGGUUGUUAAUGGCGUACGCUGAUGAUUUCAAAGAAGUUCCAUUAAUAACGUCUGGUAAUAUUGCUGUUGUUAUGGGAUUUAAAGAGACUAUCACAGGAGACACCAUUGUCAGCUCAAAAUCUGUGCUGGAAGCUGCAAAGCGAGCCAGACAGAGACAGCUGAAAGAAGAAGGGAAACUUGAUGCCAAAGAAGUAAAAGAGAUGAGAAAACAUAAACAUAAUAAACACAAACGUAAACAUAAAGAACUAUCCAGCGAUGUUCCCGUAUUAGCCGGUUUGGAGGUACCAGAACCUGUUUUCUUUUGUACAAUUGAAGCACCAUCUAUCUCGCAACAAAAAGAACUAGACAAUGCCUUGUUAUGUCUGAUGCGAGAGGACCCGAGUCUGCAAACUAGAACGGAUGAAGAUACUGGGCAGACAGUGCUACUUGGCAUGGGGGAGUUGCACCUGGAUAUAAUCCGUGACAGAAUCCAGAACGAGUAUGGCAUUGAGGCAGAACUAGGCCCUCUACAGGUGUCUUACAGAGAAACAAUUACAAAGCCUUCAGAGGAACAGAUCACUUUGGACAGAACAAUUGGUAGCAAGCACCACAAUGUUACAGUGACCUUGAAAGUAAGCCCAAAUCCUGGAUCUGGUGUUCUGGAACAUGUUAUGGUAUCAUUGGAUCAUCCGGAACAAAGCUAUGGUAGUGAAAUGAUCGAAGCAGUGCAGACUGGGGUAUUGUCUGCUUGUACUCAGGGCCCACUGGUUGGUUUUCCCGUACUUGAUAUUGAUGUUGAACUUCAUAGCCUUGACGUAGCAGCCGGGACGUCCUCAGCUAUGGUAUCAGCUUGUGCAUCACAAUGUUUGCAUAAAGCACUACAGUCACAUGGAACUCGACUACUGGAACCCAUGAUGUACCUUGAGGUAACUACUGAUGAGGAAAGACUUCACUCUGUACUAGGUGAUCUAUCAAAGAGGCGAGCACAUGUACAGGACGUACAAAAUAGAUUAGACAGCCGAUUGGUCAUUGCACAGACACCCCUAGCUAAAAUGAUGGGCUACACUACUGCUCUGCGAACCUUGACAUCGGGGACAGCGACAUGUUCGCUUCAUUUGUCUCAUUACGAACUGAUGUCCACACAAGAACAGCUUAAAGUAGUCAACAAAUUAGGUGGAUUUUAACGUAAUUGUUGACGCUGGAUCAUCUGCUUGAGAUUAUAUUAUAUUUAUAUAGUU